AUGCCAACUGAAGCUACUCUCACAAGAACCACGCACGUCCUGCGACUCAGGGGAGGCCUCCCAAGAAGGCGAGUUUCCUUCACGCAGGAUACAAUAGAUAACGAGCACAUGAACAGGAAGAAGUCCAAAGCCUGCUGCAUUCAUCACAGCAGAAGCGAGUGUAAAUAUGCGCAAAAUGAGUAA